AUGGUCCUCCUUACAUCUUCGACCGUCUCGGUCAUCAUUUCUAGUGGAGUGGUCUGCAUGUUCACAUUCCUGCUAUUCCUCUCGGGAUACGUGCUACAACAGCAGUCUGUACGAUCCAUACAAGAAGCCAUUCGGCGACCGCCUGAACGAAGGCCUGUGCCAACUUUGCCCCCUCGGUUUCAGCAUCAAGACAAUGACACUGUUCCGACCGUGUUGGAACAGCCUCGAGAUGGCUCGCAGCCCGUUGUGGUGGUCGAGAGUAACCGAAGACCGGGAAGCGACGGUGGAGUGUUGAACUCGGUCCAAGUGCCAGUAAUUAUCCAGGACCAGAAUCAAGCCCCCUUGGACUCCGCUGCAGAACUGUCAGACUUAGCUUUGGGAAACAGUGCGUCGCCCCAACGCAUCGCGUACAUGUUUGCCCUUCUUGAACCACAUCAUCUCUGCUCCGCUCUCCUCUUCGCGAAACAGCGGCGGUUAUCAUCUCGAUUGUCCAAAGAACCGUCAAUUAUACUCCUGUAUCCAUCAACUUGGGAGUCCGAGUUUUCCGCGCUUCAUACAUCAACCUUGAGCUUCAUGCGCGAAAUCCAGGAACUCUACAACCUCGUUUACCACCCAGUGAGGAUAUACGACGCAUGGGAUGUUAGAUCGCAACUUCUUGGGGAGCUGCAAUGGGGCAGAUGGGAUUAUGAUCAAGCACUGUACUUGCGUUCGCCAGGAAUGGUGCUUGACAGUCGGGCGCUGGACGCCGCAUUGACGUCUCUCGACAUAAGAAAGACAUGGGCACCGUUAAAUCCAUCCUCGGGAGAUAAUCCGGAGCUCCUCCUUAUCACUCCCAGGGGUCUUCAGAGUCCGAGGAGGGAGACAAAGAAGUUGGUGUAUUCUGUUGCCGCAAACAAUCCCGAUGUACGAGAACCGAGGCAAGAAACCGCCUAUGUAUUGCUUGAUAACCAUGGUUUGGGCGAUGAGGAAGACAAUGGAUGGUACGGCGAGAUCAAGCGGAGGUUCGACCAAGGAACGGGCACUGUUUGUGGAGGUAGCGGGCUGUUGGAAGACAGCUUGAAAUUGGAGCUGAAAAGAAUUCUGUAG